CUAUCAUUUUGUAACGUCAAAACUCUCAGGUCAAAACGUUUUCGUCCCAUCAGAAGCAACGUAAACAACACAGACAAUCGCAUCUUUUCGGAUAAUUCGUUUUGUUCCAGUGCACCAUGUGGGAUGAUUCGGAUCAAAAAUCUGCCACCUUCGUGUGGCAGAAGAAGCUCGAAAAGCAAGGCCUGAAAAACCUUUCGCGGAAGGAACUGGAAGCGCUCAACCGCAAGAAACAGCAGGAGAAUGUGAUUGAACUGGAGAAGCUGAAAAAGCGACGACUGGAGCGGGAACACCAACAGCAGCAACGAGAGGACGACAUGUAUCUGAUGCAACGGUCUAAGGAAGUGGCCCAGUUUGAGGAAUGGCAACGGCAAGAGGAAACAUUCCACCUGGAGCAGGCGAAACUUAGGAGCAAGAUUCGGAUCCAGGAUGGCCGGGCGAAACCGAUCGAUUUGCUUGCGCAGUACAUUUCGGAGCAGAACUUGGAGGAAUCGAUUGAGAUGCAAAUGCAUGAGCCUUACACCUAUUUAAACGGGUUGGGAUUGGAUGAUCUGGAGGAUUUGAUAGCGGAUAUUAAGGUUUACAACGAACUGGAGAAGGGCCAGAAUGGAGACUACUGGAAUGAUUUAACAAUUAUAGUUGAGGAUGAACUCCAAAAGUUGAGAAAAGUUGAGGUCGAGAAGCAGAGGAUGGCCACCGGAAGAAGAGAGGGUAUUCAUCAGAGUGUUGCGAAGGAUGUGACUCAGAUAUUCAAAGGAAAAAAUUCGUCGCAGCUGGACGAACUGAAGAAGAAAAUUGAGGAUAAAAUAAACAGCCAACAGGACGGUUUGGAUAUCGGUUACUGGGAAAGUUUACUGUCGCAGUUGAAGGCUCAUAUGGCACGGGCUAGGUUGCGAGAUCGCCAUCAGGAGAAUUUGCGAAAUAAGCUGGAAAUGCUGAAAAAAGAGCAGGAAUCUAGCGUGAAAAAGGAAGAAAACGAUGAUCCGGAUGCGGGGCCAAGCGGAGCUGGUCCCUCUGGUAUGCGGAAAUUCGAAGCUAUGGAUGAGACCUCCAGAGACAGUAGUAGUCAAUCUGGUACCGAACAAGUUAAGGAUGAGGAAAAUCCCGAAUGCGAUUUGCUCAAUGAAUGCUUUGAGUUAUAUAAAAAGGGAGCCUAUGAACCAAAGUACAUUUCCGAGAAAGAUCUGGAAGCCGGUGUGGAGAUAGUCUCCGAGGAAAAAGACGACGAAGUGUUGGAUCUUCUUCGGCAGAAAGUGCUAGGAAUCAAUCAAGAUGAUGAGACUUUCUCAAAGGAUGAAAUUAUCCUCCGCAAAGAAGCAAAACGUGGCAUGAACGAUGACGAAGCGGAGUUCUCCGUGGAAUCCCGGGUCGAUUCGCAGGUUUAUCUGUGGUCUGAUAAGUACCGGCCCAGGAAGCCCCGUUACUUCAAUCGGGUCCACACCGGUUUCGAGUGGAACAAGUACAAUCAAACUCACUACGAUAUGGACAAUCCUCCCCCGAAAAUCGUCCAGGGCUACAAGUUCAACAUUUUCUACCCCGAUUUGAUCAACAAGAAUUCCACACCACAGUACUUCCUAACUCCAUGCGCGGACAAUCCGGACUUUGCGACGCUUCGGUUCCACGCGGGACCGCCCUACGAAGACAUUGCGUUCAAGAUCGUCAACCGAGAGUGGGAGUUUAGCUACAAGCGAGUUUCCGCUGCCAGUUUCACAACAACAUCUUUCAGCUGUGGUUCCACUUCAAGCGGUACCGCUACAGGAGAUAAGGAUAAGGACCGACAGUUUGCGUAAGUUUAUGUUCUAAUAUAUGUUUACAUUUUUUUAUUUACUCA